UGAAUAUCGCGGUGUUGGUUAGAAGGGGCCUCAGCUUUCACUUCCUGGGGUCGGCGCGUGUGUGCUGCUCUGCUUGAUUUGUUCGCCAGUCCAACUAUUUUUUUUGGUGUGUUGCUGAGAGCUGCUGUGGUAGGGAUGAUGAUGAUGGCGGAGCUGGUACAGGGACAGGCCUCGGUGUCUCAGCCUGGAACGAAAGCAGAUGGCUUCGCCGACGCUUUACACCGGGCCCGACAGAUUGCGGCUAAGAUGGGGAGUGACCAGAUGACCCACAUGAACAACUCCUCUCCAGUUGUAGACCCAUCUCUCUACGGUUAUGGAAGCCAGAAACGCUCAUUGGAUGAUGGCGUAGGUAACCAGCUCGGAGGAAUGGUACAUCAAAGGGCUAUUAUGACAGAAGACUUCAAAGUGCCUGAUAAGAUGGUUGGAUUCAUCAUUGGAAGAGGAGGAGAGCAGAUCACCAGAAUUCAGUUGGAGUCAGGCUGCAAGAUCCAGAUUGCUGCAGACAGCGGUGGCAUGAUGGACAGGCCAUGUACCCUGACUGGAAGCCCAGAGAACAUUGAGCAGGCCAAGAGGUUGCUGAGCCAGAUCGUGGACCGGUGUCGGAAUGGCCCAGGCUUUCACAGCGAGAUGGACGGCAACAGUGCAAUCCAGGAGAUCUUAAUCCCUGCCAGCAAAGUGGGCCUAGUCAUUGGCAAGGGAGGGGACACCAUUAAACAGUUGCAGGAACGAACAGGAGUAAAGAUGAUAAUGAUCCAGGAUGGCCCCAUGCCCACUGGGGCAGACAAACCCCUGAGAAUCACUGGGGAUCCCUACAAAGUACAGCAAGCACGAGAGCUGGUGGUGGAGAUCAUUCGGGACAAGGACCAGGGAGAUUUCCGGGCCGCCAGGGGGGAUUUUGGCUCCAGAUUGGGGGGAAGCAGCCUGGACGUGGCAGUCCCCAGGUUUGCUGUGGGCAUCGUCAUCGGCCGGAACGGAGAGAUGAUCAAGAAGAUCCAGAACGAUGCUGGAGUCAGAAUCCAGUUCAAACCAGUGUCUCCCUCUCAUUCAGAUGAUGGCAUCAGCCCUGACCGGAUCGCCCAAGUGAUGGGCCAGCCAGAUCGCUGCCAGCAUGCAGUGCAUCUCAUCAACGAGCUGGUCCACACGGCACAGGUACAGCAGUCCCCCGCCCAGUCCCUUGCCGGCUGGCUCCUGGAUAGGGCCAGCCUGGCCUCCACUCAGACCUCCCUGGAACCCUUGGCCCUGUGGCUGGGUGGAGGUGGAGGUGGGGAAGACCUCCUGAGACAGGUGUACAGACAGGAGCGGGAUGGCUUUGGGGGUCCCGUAGGUCCCAGAGGCCGGGGCAGAGGUCGUGGGGACUGGAAUAUGGGCACGCCCGGGGGGCUGCAGGAAGUGACAUAUACGAUACCUGCUGACAAGUGUGGCCUGGUGAUUGGGAAAGGUGGAGAAACCAUCAAGAACAUUAACCAGCAGUCUGGAGCGCAUGUGGAGCUGCAGAGAAACCCCCCUCCCAACACUGACCCCAACGUGCGCAUCUUCUCCAUCCGUGGCACCCCCCAGCAGAUGGAGAUGGCUCGUCAGCUGAUCGAUGAGAAGAUCGGGGCCUCGGGAAUGGGGGGCAGCAGCAGUUUUAGUGUGAACCCCUUUGGCCAAGGACAAGCCACCCCUCAUCAAAAUGGCCCCCAGACAUUCCUGACAGGAGGAUGGGGCACAACAUAUCAAACGUGGCCUCAGGGCCAGCAGGACCCCAGUCUCAAUGGAUCCCAGACUGGCCAGGUGGACUAUUCCAAAGCAUGGGAGCAGUAUUAUAAAAAGAUAGGUCAGCAGAGCCAAGCCCAGAGCAGUGGUCCUGACUAUAGUAAAGCCUGGGAGGAGUACUACAAGAAACAGAGUCAGGCAGCAGGUCCUGGCUCCCAGCAGAGCCCCCCUUCGGACUACAGUGCCGCUUGGGUGGAGUAUUAUAGACAGCAGGGUCAACAUUACUAUGGCCAGGGUGCACAGCAAACACAGACCCCGGGCCUUCAGGAUCAUUAGAGGAUGCCCUUUAGUUGAAGAUUUUUGAAUCACUGAGGAUGAAAACAAACCUUUUGUAACAGAGGUUUCUAGAUUUGCAACGCCUUGAAGACUUACUUUUUUCUUAGUGAGAAACACUAGCUGUAGAAUGACUUAUACGAUUUAAAAAACAAAAAAAAGAAUUUCUAAAUCAGGAACAUUUAAUUGUUACUAAAUUGUGUACACCAUUAUUUUGAAUGGACAAUUUCCGGGAUCCCUUUUGGACUUAUGAGAGCUGUUUCUGUUUUCUAUUUUUUCCUUUUUGAUUCAAAUGACAUCGCCAAAAUGAACCCCGGAGUUGUAACAUUUCAGCAAACGCAAUAUAAUCUAUUUUUUCUAGUUCUGUUGCAAUAAAAUCGUAAUUAUGGGCUUAGCAGUCUUGAAUACAUUUUUGUUUUGUUUUGUCAUAAGAUGUUUUAAGAAUGUGUAAAAAAUGUUUUCUUUUCCUUUUACAUAAAGCAUUUUAAUUCAGUGAGAUGAAACUGUGAUGUUUUGUUACAGGAUAAUGUAUUCUUUUGUUACAAAAUACAAGGAGUGAUGUUGGCAAAUGACAGUCAAUUCCUAAUUUAAUUCCUGAUGUGCUUUGUAUUCUGUUUUUCAUUGUCAUUUUAUUGUACUCUGGUUUAAAAAAGGUGCAAUAUCUUAUUUCAUUUUUGAAACAAAGAUGGAUUCUCUAAUAUUUUGACAGACGUUUAACUUGUAGUUCUUAGAUUUAUUUUUUUUAGGCAUAUGAAAAUGUAAUGGAUAAUUUUUUUAUUACAAUGAUCUGAUAUGGGAAAAGGGGAUGUUGCAUAUUGUGAGUUUUUUUGCCUUUGCUAUCUUGUAAAACUAUGUAUGUAUGCUCAGAUACUUGACUAAAUACUUUAUUUAAAAAAAUAUAUAUAUAUAAUUAAAUCAAAGAUUUUUUUUUCAUGGAGUCAUUAUCACAGGAAAACUGUCCCUGUUUUUCUAUUCUGUUUUCAUACUGAAAAUGUUCAAAGAUCGUGAAUGUGUAAUUUGAAAUUUGAUUUUGCAUCUUGCUAUGGACAAAAAUGAGAAAUGAUAGGUUUUUAUGUAUGUUCUGUACCUAAAUCAUUCAAGACUGCUAAGCCUCUGGAUUCUACCUGUGUAAUAAUUAAUUGUAGUUUUUUAUAUUCUAAGUAUUACGAUCAAAAUUGUCUUAUUUGGUACCACCCAGUUUCCCUAACACCCCAUCCAGUACACACUGUGGACUAGUGUACAGUCCAAUGCUAAUAACUUUUUAAUUCUUGAUUUUUCUUUCUACUUUGUGUGAUCUAAUAUAUGUAUGAUUGAUUAGUUAAGAAAUGAAUCUAGUAUUAACUUCAUUGCUUAAUGAAAAGGGAUAUUAUAAUUUCGAAAUGUUUAAUUUUAGUGUGUUUUCCCCCCUCAUGUGUACAGGUAACCGUGUAUUAAAAACGUCAAAAGACUACC